CGACAGACGGUCCAACUCGCGCUAAAAUUCUGAUUUUUGUUUGCUUUUGCACCUUUGCCGCCAAGCAGCACAGACACUUAUAUAGCCGGUCCGAAUUAAAUUCAAGUUUUAGCCCAAUUUUAACAGAAAUCAUGCCGCUUACUGACAUUAUCAACAAGGAAAACAUCAUCUCCGGAGUCGAGGAAUUAAAUAUCGGCGAAAAGAAUGAGAAAGAAAAUACCAAGGUCUCGAAGAAGCAGCAGAAGUUCAAGAAUUUCGACCCGCAGUUGGAGCCUCUGUUGAGAGAGAAUCCAGGGCGAUUUGUCAUUUUCCCCAUCCAAUACUACGAUAUUUGGCAAAUGUACAAAAAGGCUGAGGCUUCUUUCUGGACGGCGGAGGAAGUUGACUUAUCAAAGGACAUGAAACACUGGAACAGUUUGACUGAUGACGAACGCAAGUUCAUCUCGCACAUUUUGGCCUUCUUUGCCGCCUCGGACGGAAUCGUCAACGAGAACCUGGUGGAGCGCUUUAGCCAGGAGGUGCAGGUCACUGAGGCCAGAUGCUUUUAUGGCUUCCAAAUCGCCAUCGAAAACAUCCACUCUGAAAUGUACAGUCUGCUCAUCAACACAUAUAUCUCCGACGCCAAAGAGAGAGAUUUCCUGUUCAACGCCAUCGACACCAUGCCUUGUGUGAAAAAGAAGGCCGACUGGGCCAUGAACUGGAUCAGCCACAAGUCUGCAACCUUCGGAGAAAGGGUGGUGGCCUUUGCCGCUGUCGAAGGCAUCUUCUUCUCUGGUAGCUUCGCCUCAAUCUUCUGGCUGAAGAAGAGAGGACUCAUGCCUGGUCUGACCUUCAGCAAUGAGCUCAUCUCCAGAGAUGAGGGUCUGCAUUGCGACUUUGCGUGCCUUAUGUUCCGUCACUUGGUCCAGAAGCCUUCGGUCGAGGAAGUGACCAAGAUCAUUACUGAUGCUGUCGCCAUUGAGCAAGAGUUCCUUACAGAUGCCCUGCCAGUUGCUAUGAUUGGCAUGAAUGGUGAUCUGAUGAAACAAUACAUCGAGUUUGUUGCCGAUCGACUGUUGGGAGAACUUUCUUGCCCGAAGGUCUACAACAAGGAAAAUCCCUUUGACUUCAUGGAGCACAUCUCUUUGGAGGGCAAGUCGAACUUCUUCGAAAAGAAGGUCGGAGAGUACCAGCGUUUGGGAGUCAAGAACCAGAGCAAGGACGACCAUACAUUCACUUUGGAGGCUGAUUUUUAAGAUUGGUUGUGGAAGAUUUUAAUUUUAUAAACUCAUAUCAUACUUUGACUUGCGUAACAAAAUUUGCGCAUCUUCGUCUGCACCCAAAGGUCUCAGUAAUUAAAACUACAGCUUAUUUAAAUAUUUUAUUUUAGGAGUAGGUUGCCGAUGCCAAUAAAAAGUAAAAUUUAAUUGAUAUAGUGUAUAACAAUAGAACCAAAUAAAAAAAUGGCAAAAAAAAGUGCACAAUUUUUUUUUGCUAGAAAUUAUAAAUGAAUAA